CCAAUAAAUUUUUUUAAAUUUUUUUGCAGAAAUUUUAAUUGAUAUAUUUUAAUAUAUUCCGAAAUUAAUAAGCGUUAACAGAAAUUUUUUUGCACAUUUGACAUGGAAAUGUUUCACGUGUCCCAGUAAUCCCUCUCUUGACAUUUUUCUUUCUUCUCAAAAGCACAGCAUAAAAAGCAAAAGAAACUAGAAAAUUGAACAUCACAAAGCACCUCUCUUCGCAGAAAGAGGAGGAUCAUCAGCAUCAAACAUGGAUUAUUCGUCAUACACAGAAGCCCAUCAUCAACAACAAUUCCAGCAUCCAGAACAACAGCAACAACAACAAGCCUACGAUUCUUCUCAAUUGCAAGCUUACGAUCACUCAACCCAGGCCUACUAUGCCUAUAAUCCUCAUCAACAACCCCAAGCUUCCUAUGAUCAAUACGCAUAUUAUCAUUCUUCACAAGAUUAUUCAGUUGCUUAUGCCCAACAACAAUCCCAACAGCAAUUCCACCAAGAACCCACCUCGAUUCACCCUCCCGGCGUCCCAAUUCCGCCGGCAUCCUCUCAAUCGGCCGAACCUGCUCAAACCCAUUUGCAGAGACAGCAGAAUGCGUAUUACCCACAUGGCGCUGUGGAAAGCCGCCAACAAUCGGUUCCGGGAUCGGAUGUGGCUGGGACGACCGGUGGGUUGAAUCCCGCGGCGGCCGUGGCAGCGAUUUCGCAGUUCACGCAUUUCGCCGGGAGUAUGGAUGCCUCACAGAGUUCUAUGCACCCGCCGAUUGGGCAAACUCCAUAUAGGGGUGGAGGUAGAAGGGGCAGUAGGCCCUUCAGAGGGGGUGGUCGGGGCCAUUUUGGUUACCGUGGUCCCAGACCAGAUGGCUCAGCCGCCUCUUUCCAUGGUAGGGGACGUGGCCAGGGUGGCAGUAGGCACUUCACUGUGCAUGGUGCUGUAUCAACGAAUCCGAAUUCAGCAUCUGCACCAGCUGAAGGCAUAGCCGCUUUAAUGCAGCCGCCUUCAGCAUCAGUUCCUGGGCAGGCACCAUUACCUGUACCAGCACAAGUGCCUCCUGCUCCAUUCUGGCAGCCUCCUCGUAUGGCAUGGUGUGAACUUUGUAGGGUUGACUGCAACACUCUGGAAAUUCUGGAGCAGCAUAAGAAUGGAAAGCGUCAUAAAAAGAAUUUGAAAGUACACGAGGAGUUGCAGAAACUCAACAAAGUCAUUACUGGACAACAGAAUGAACAGAUGCCCAAUGCUGUAACUAAACCAGAUGUUGGUCAGUCUGAGAAAGUUGAGGGACUUGUAGAGAAUCAACCCUUGCCACAAAAACUAGCAUCUGAAGUUGUUACUAAUAAUAAUGUAAAUGAAACAGAGCAACAGAAUGAUACCGUGGACAACUCUGAAGCUUCAGUGGAACCACCUGAGCAAAAAUCCAGGGAUCAGCUUUCAGCCAGGAGACGUGGUAGUAAGCGGAAGAUGCGAGGGCGUCAAGGGGGUAAGUAUAUGAGGGCCAAUGAAGGAUUAAGAAGACCAGUUGAGCCACCCAAACCAAAACAGGUGAUUCCUUUAAUUUGCGGGUUGUGCAAUGUCAAGUGUGAGUCGCAGGUUGUAUUUGAUAGCCAUUUGACUGGUAAAAAGCACCUAUCGAACCUUAAGCGCUUUCAUGGUCACCGUGCUUUGUAUGGAGAAGCAGGGCUUCAAGCACUGUACCCGCCUAACUUCAACGCUCCGUCAACUUCACUUGCCCCUCAAGUUCAGCAAGGUGCUAAUGACCCUCAGGUGCUCCUGGCCCAGUUGUUAAUGACCUACGUUCUGUCUCAGGCCCAAGCGUCUGGGGUAGCAGCCCCACAAGGGGCUCCACCCACCCUAACACCUGCAGCAGCAGCAGCAGCAGCAGCAGCAGCAGCGACAAUAUCAAGUUUUGUAACUCAGAAUCAGUCAGAUCCAAACACUCAAGGACAACAGCUAGUAUCAGCUGAUGGGAACCAAAAUGGUGCUUUGGCAGAAACAAGUAGUCAGCAGCAAUCUGUGGUGCGACAAUCUAAACCCCAAUCAGUUGGGAAUACAGACACCAAAACUGAAAGUGGAACCUCCGAGCUUGCAGAAAAGGAGAUACCUGUUCUUCCGGAUAAUUCAGUUGUCACAUCUGGAGAGAAUUCCGGCCUUGGCAGGCAAGUUGCUGCAGAGGCUACUCUCCCUGUUUCACAAUGUGAAGCAGUAGUCUCCUUGGAUAGGGACUCUACUUAAUGAUGUUGUUCUGGGUGAAGCAAAUAUUUGCUGUAUAAGAUAGUCACUUCAAGAGCUUUACUCUAUAUAUUGAAUUGAAAUGUAACUCCAUAAUUAUUUUUGUAAGAACAUACCCCUUCUCCUUACCCCCUCUUUGGAAAUAAGAAGCAAAGUACAAAAAUUUACAACUUUUUA